GGCUCUGAAUUUUUUAACGAAAAUGGAAGAAAUAUCCAAAGGCAAAGACACCGGUGAAGUUACGGAACUUCCGGAGGUUGACAUAAAGUGGUGUGAAUUUUGCCCAUCCAGUAGACAGGAAGGAACCCUUCAGACCCUCAAGGAGACUUUGCCUCAAGGGUACCAGUACAUUUGCUGUCAGCAGGAGACCACCAAAAACAUCCCCCGUGUGGAUUUCCGAGUGAACGUCAAGGACGAACAUCUGGCCAAAGAGUGGCUGGUCAAGUACCAGGAGACAACACUGGCGACAUGGCGAACGGCAAGGACGUAUCCCAACCGUGGCAGUAGGACGUUGUGUCGUCUGGAAAAGAGAUGUCAGCACAUGACCUGUCCACGAUCCAAAUCAGCGGACCAGCGAAAAGGCUCCAAGAAUACCAACUGCCCAGCGGUGCUCACUGCCAUUGUCAGGAGAACAGAGUUCAAGCGGCAUAACGGCAAAGACAGAACAUGCAGAUCUGAAGAUCACCAUCUCCCCCAGUGGCCCAUGACGGUAGUCCUGAGGCAUGACCACAACCACCCGUUGAAGGCCGCCGAUGUUCUCCGGCACCGAGAUGUAUCUAAGCAUGUACGCAAGAAGCUCAUCAAGCUCUUCCUGGCAGGCCACUCGCCCACCAGUGCCCUGAACAUGCAUCAGUAUGACCUGCAGAUGGAGCAUGGAGACAAUUACGUCUUUCUGAGUGGAGACAGACAUCACAAUCCUGAUCUCAACUUCACCUGGAGGCUCUACAAUCAAACUUUUGUGAAGGAAAAAAGCAACCGAGCGAGGCUGAAGUACGUGCCUGAGUCAAGGGAGGUCACUGAAGAGACACUGGGCAAAAAUAAGGACAAGAAGUCAUUCACUGUCAGCUCCAACCCAGAGAUGGUGAAGAUGAUGAAGGAGAAGAUUGACAAGUACAAUCUGGAGAAUGGAGACUGUGUCCGGAUGAAAGUAGAGGGGAAUCAGCUGGUGAUGGCUAUCAUCACUCCACUGAUGAAGCGCACACACGCCCUGGUGAGGUAUGCUGGGGAGAUGGUCUUCAUGGAUGCCUCGGGCAACAUGAGUCGGCACAACACUCACGUGUACAUGAUGAUGACACCCAGCUUUGCCGGCGGCCUGCCCCUGGGUGCCUUCAUCACCACAGGCGACUCAAAGCCCCUUGUCCACUCAGCCAUCCAGCUCGGCCAAGAGAUCCUGGGAGACACUGCCUUCUACGGACGAGGCAUGGCAGGUCCUGAAGUCUUCUUCACGGAUGACUUGGACGCCGAGAGGUCUGCCCUGGGUGCCGUUUAUCCCCGGUCCACUCUCAUUCUGUGCAUCUAUCAAGUCCUGCAGGCCUUUUGGAGGCACCUGUUUGACCCCAAGGUUAAGAACCAGAGAGGUGAUGGGCCCUACCUCUUCCAGUUGAUGAAGUCCAUGCUGUAUGCAUCCUCAGAUACGGAGCUGGAAGCUGCCUAUCAGAGUAUUCUCCACGAUGAAAUUGCGGACAAGUACUCAUCAGUGAAAUCUAUGUAUCUCAGGAUGUAUGAGAGAAGAACAGAGUGGGCACUGUGCUACCGGAAUAAUUUGCCCCUGUGUGGCAACAACACAAGUAACUUUUGCGAAUCAGCCAUGAGGAUCCUGAAGGACAAGAUCUUUCAUCGAGCCAAGACGUACAACAUUGUCCAGCUGGUGGAUUUCCUCCUGACCAGGAUGGACCAGUACUACCAGAAACGUCUCCUGGAUGUUGGCCACAACAGGCUGAAUGAGGCCUUAGGGUCCCGGUAUGUCUCGAGUGGGGGUACUGCUGCGUGUACCCACAAAGAACAGAUCAUCAGGGAGUCUGCAAUGAUAUUCCUCAUCCCCAACGAGAAAUCCACAGAGCAACCUUACAGAGUGGACAUGACUGUCGGGCUUUGCACCUGCCGUGUGGGAAGCACAGGAGGACCUUGCUGCCACCAGAAGGCAGUCCUGACAGGAUUCUACAUCCCCUCCUGGAACUUCAUCAGUGUGAAUGACGAAGCCACGAGCAAGCUCCUCUUCGAGAUUGCAGGAAGCGUAGAGGAGGAGGAGAGUACUCCAUCGCGAAAGCGUCCCAGGGAGGACGACAUCUCUGAAACAGAUGACUUUGAUCAAGCUCCUUCAGAGUUCGACGAUACUCCGCUGGAAGCAAGAAAGCUUGGCACAGGAGCUAAACAGAGGAAAAUCAAAGCAGUAUCUCCAAAGGUUAACCAGAAAAAGGUGCUGGCAGAUUUGGAUGCCUUUGUCACCAGGAUCAAAUCUGGGUACCUGAAGAACCCUUGCGUGUACAAGGAUGCGUUAGAGGACUUUGUCCACCAGACAAAGAAGUUAAAAACAGAUGCUGAGUUGGUUUGUGCCUUAUAUACUUUUGGAGACUAGACUCAUAUGGUAUCGUAGGACAGAACACCUACAUGAAUGUGUACAUAUUCUUUGUCAGUUUGUCACUUUUCCGAGGUCAUUCUAAGGCAAAAUGUGGAAGACGUGUAUAUAUGUAAAUCACAAUUCAGAAAUGUAUGACUUUGCCACAAUUCAAAAUGAAUUUUUGCGCAACCAUUGAGCCAAUGCAGAACACAAACGUUUCAACAUAAAAUAUUUUUUAUUUUUGGGAUGCAUGUAAAUUUAGUUUAUGAAUUUCCUUUUUCCAUAAUUCUUUUUCGUUCUCUUUUGUUGCUUCAA